UUCAUCAUACAGCAAGACCAGAACAUGGUGGAUGGAUCAGCUAAUAGAAUAUCCCACAGAGAAGGAAAUGAAGCUUCAGAGAUACAUCCAGUCUUUACAUCAAGAACUACAAGUGGCUCAUCAGAACAAAGUAUCACUACAGGAGGCACUGACUGAGGCCAAUAAACAAGCUAAAGUUGAUGAUAGUGAAACUGUAAAGAGUGAGAAAUUGGAAGAGAUGUUAAAAGCACAGGCACAGCUACAAGAAGAGAAACAGAUUAUUACUGAAGAUAAUGAGAAACUGAAAGCUAAAGUUGAUGAUUAUGAAGUAUAUAUAACUGAAAUAGAAGAAGAGAAGAAACAAAUUGAGGAAGAGAAGAAACUAGUAGAAGAAGGGAAGAGAAAAGUGGAGAAAGAGAAGGAGCAAGUAGAGGAAGAGAAGAGAGAAUUAGAGGAACAAUAUCUCAAGGAGAAACAGAUCACUAAAGGUUAGAGUAUUGUCAUCAAUGUGUAUAUUAUAUGAGAGAAUAUUUAGAACUGAAAAGUAAAGUUGCUAAUAAUGAAUUGUAUACUGCCAAACUAAUGAAGGAGAGGGAGCAAUGGAGUCAAAUCAAAGAGACUAGUACCAUUGGAUUACAAUUUAACUACCUGAUCCCUUCAAUGGAUAAUUUGGAUUGUCUGAGUGAUGUCCAGGUAGCAGAGAAGAAGCUGUUCUUAAUUCAAGGAGACAAAGCUCAACUGAUGAAUUGGGAGAAAUAUGGUGUAAGGAUUGGAGUAGAAGAAGGAAGCCUAUUGUCCUCUGAGACAAGUAGAAGCAGCAGUGGUUGCUCUUGUAGGAGGACAGUUCGAGUUUCCUGCUAAUACUGUGCUAGUGAGUGCU